ACUGCUUCGUCCAGUUUCAUGGAAACUGGAAAGCAGAGAGUUGUACUACAGAAUCAAACAAAAAGUUGUUCUAGAAAAACAAAACCUUCACCCAAAUCCAUUUAACCUUUUGGUCGUUUUCUCCCUUUUUUUUUUCCCUUUCAUUUCUUCUAAUUUAAUUCACCUCUUCCAUUUAAAUAAUCGAAUCUUCAUCCCCUUUUCCCUCACACUGUAGUUUGUGUUUCAAAUUUUGGUUUUUUUCGUCGGUCGGUCUUCGUUUUUCUCUACUACCACUUCUUCCACCUAACUUCCCUUCUUCCAUUUCCAUACACAGAACAAAACUCUAUUUUGUGUUCUCUUCUUCUUCCGUGACUUUCACGACAUGUCGUCUCUACAUUUCCUCUGUUUUCUCACUCUAAUUUCCACCUCCUUUCUCCCUGUAAUCAAAUCCGACGACCAACGUCAAAUCCUAACCAAACUCAAAUCCUCUCUCCAUACUUCAAACGCCGACGUCUUCCACAAUUGGGGACUCCAGAAUCCCAUCUGCAAUUUCACUGGAAUCGCUUGUAAUUCAGAUGGGUUCGUUAAGGAAAUUGACCUCUCCAAAUGGGGCUUAUCUGGGGUUGUUCUGUUUGAUUCCGUUUGCCAAUUGCAAGCCUUGGAGAAGCUGGCUCUUCGAUCCAAUUCCCUGUACGGUGAAAUCACCGAAGGUUUGAACAAUUGUGUGAAAUUGAAGUAUUUGGAUCUCAGUAGCAAUUUCUUCUCCGGUUCUUUUCCCAACAUACAUUCUUUGAGUGAAUUGGAGUAUUUGUAUUUGAAUUCAAGUGGGAUUUCAGGGAAGUUUCCAUGGAAAUCAGUUAGGAAUUUGAGUGGUUUGAUUGAGUUGAGCAUUGGGGAUAAUGGUUUUGAAAACACUACGUUUCCUGUGGAGGUUACUAAUUUGAAGAAGCUUACUUGGCUUUACAUGUCGAAUUGCAGUUUAACAGGGGAAAUUCCAAGGUCUAUAGGUAAUCUCACGGAGCUUCUUAAUUUGGAAGUUUCGGAUAAUUAUAUAACAGGGACUAUUCCGUUGGAGAUUACGAAGCUGCAGAAGCUAUGGCAGUUGGAAUUAUACAACAAUCAAUUAACGGGAACACUUCCGGUGGGGUUAAGAAAUCUUACCCGGCUUAAGAAUUUUGAUGCUUCCUUGAAUUAUAUUCAUGGGGAUUUAUCAGAGUUGAGGUUUUUGACCAACCUGGUUUCUUUGCAAAUGUUUGAUAAUCAAAUCACCGGCGAAAUUCCGGUGGAGUUUGGUGAAUUCAAGUCGCUUGUGAAUCUGUCUCUUUACAAGAACAAGCUUACUGGGCCUCUUCCGCAAUCGAUUGGUUCUUGGACGGCGUUUGAUUUCAUCGAUGUAUCUGAAAAUUUUUUGACGGGGUUGAUUCCUCCUGAUAUGUGCAAGAUGGGGACGAUGAAGAAGCUUCUAAUUCUUCAGAAUAAUUUCACCGGUGAAAUUCCGGCCACUUACGCUAAUUGUUCCACUUUAACCCGAUUUAGAGUCAGUCAGAACUCGCUCACCGGCGUCGUCCCGUUCGGAAUUUGGGGAUUACCGAACGUGAAUGUAAUUGAUCUCGCCUCGAACCAGUUGGAAGGUUCAAUCACUCCCAAUAUUGGACAAGCUGCGGCUCUCUCGGAAUUAUACAUCGGAAAUAAUCGACUCUCAGGUCGAUUGCCAUUGGAGAUUUCGCAAGCGAAAUCUCUCGCUUCGGUUGACCUGAGCAAUAAUCAAUUCUCCGAUGAACUUCCGACGACUAUCGGUGACCUGAAGAAUCUCGAUAGCUUCGAUUUGCAGGGGAAUAAAUUCUCCGGUUCGAUUCCAGAGACGAUCGGCUUGUGUAAUUCCCUGAGUAUCAUCAAUCUGGCGGAGAAUUUCUUCUCUGGACAAAUCCCUUCAUCGCUAGGGUUUCUUCCAGUUCUUAACUCUUUGAAUCUCUCCAAUAACGACCUAUCCGGUGAAAUCCCCUCGACAUUUUCACAUCUGAAAUUGAGUUUUCUCGAUCUUUCCAACAAUCAAUUAACCGGUCCAGUACCUCAAGCACUCUCGAACGGAGCUUACAAAGAAAGCUUUGCCGGAAACCCUGGCCUCUGCAGCGAGGCCGAUGACUUCAUACGUCGAUGUCCACAGAGCUCCGGCGCAUCGAAGGACGUCAGAAUACUCGUAAUCGGUUUCGCCAUCGGAUUAAUUCUUCUCAGCGUGACGCUAUGGUGCUACAUAACCUUGAGAAAGAGCGGAAAAGAUCGAGAUCGAUCGCUUAAAGAGGAAUCGUGGGACCUAAAAUCGUUCCACGUAAUGACGUUCACAGAAGACGAGAUUCUCGAUUCCAUUAAAGACGAGAAUCUAAUCGGAAAAGGAGGUUCCGGAAACGUUUACAAAGUGACGGUGGGAAACGGGAAAGAGUUCGCCGUGAAGCACAUUUGGAACACCAAUCCAUACGAGGAGAAGAAGAAGAAUUACCGAAGUUCAUCGCCGAUUCUGGUGAAACAGAGAACGAAGUCGUCGGAAUUUGACUCAGAGGUGAAAACUCUGAGCUCGAUCCGCCAUGUAAACGUGGUGAAGCUGUACUGCAGUAUCACGAGCGAGGUUUCAAGCCUGUUGGUGUAUGAAUAUAUGCCAAAUGGAAGCUUAUGGGACAGACUUCAUACGUCGAGAAAAAUGGAGUUGGAUUGGGAAACAAGAUAUGAAAUAGCCGUCGGAGCGGCGAAGGGACUGGAGUAUCUUCAUCACGGCUGUGACCGGCCGGUGAUCCACCGGGAUGUUAAGUCUAGUAACAUACUUUUGGAUGAAUUUUUGAAGCCAAGAAUCGCGGAUUUUGGGCUUGCAAAAAUUCUUCACACAACUGGGCUCAAUGAGACCAGCCAUGUCAUUGCAGGCACCCCGGGCUACAUCGCACCAGAAUAUGGAUACACAUACAAAGUUGACGAAAAGAGCGACGUAUAUAGUUUUGGAGUGGUAUUGAUGGAGUUAGUGAGUGGAAAAAAAGCAAUAGAGACAGAGUAUGGAGAGAACAAGGAGAUUGUGCAAUGGGUAUCAAAAAAUUUGAAGACAAGAGAAAGUGUAUUAAGUUUGGUAGAUUCAAGAAUUCCAGAUGCAUUUAAAGAAGAUGCAAUAAAGGUAUUAAGAAUUGCAAUUUUAUGUACAGCAAGGCUUCCCACUUUAAGACCCACAAUGAGAAGUGUGGUUCAAAUGCUUGAAGAAGCUCAACCAUGUGGCUUACUUGGGAUUCUCAUUACCAAAGAUGUUGGGACUGUUAAGAAGGAAUUAUCUUUGGAUGUUAACAAGAUUAGUCUCUAGAUCUUAAGCUUAGCUACUAAUUAUCUUGUUUGGUUGCUUCAAGAAGCAAAGUUAGUUCAUUAGGUCAAAUGUAAGCCUUUUCUUUUUCUCCCUCUUUUUGUAGAUUUAAAUUGAAGGGUCAAAUGGGCUCUUUGAUGUUGUAUAAAAAUGUUUUUAAAUAAUCGAGGAAGUUAUGAUCUUGGUGAUGCAUUUAA